GGAUGAACAAGAAACUUUUUUACCUUCCAGAUACAAUCUAUGAUGAAGAUGAGGUUCUCCUUGCGUUGGCUGAGCAGUUGGGAACAUUCACUGCGUUGGUGGGAGGCCCAACGUAUGUCUACUGCUUGCUGCCGCCACUGGAGAGCCUGGCCACGGUGGAGGAGACCGUCGUACGUGACAAGGCGGUGGAAUCGUUGCGUCUCAUCUCCAAGGAGCACAGCGCGGCUGAUCUGGAGCGCCACUUUGUGCCGCUGGUUAAACGCCUCUCCACCGGCGACUGGUUCACGUCUCGCACGUCCGCCUGUGGUCUGUUCAGCGUCUGCUAUCCCCGAGUCUCCAGCACCGUCAAAGCUUAUCUCCGGCAAAACUUCAAGAGUCUGUGCACAGAUGAUACCCCCAUGGUGAGGCGGGCAGCGGCUGCCAAGCUGGGCGAGUUCGCCAAGGUCCUGGAGCUGGACAACGUCAAGUCUGAAAUUCUCCCCUUAUUCUGUACCCUCGCCACAGAUGAACAGGACUCAGUGCGCCUACUGGCGGUCGAGGCAUGCGUGAGCAUUGCCCAACUCCUAUCCCACGAUGAGCUGGAGAAGCUGGUGAUGCCCACACUGCGGACCGCCAUGGAUGACAAGUCGUGGCGUGUACGGUACAUGGUGGCCGAUAAAUUCAUCGAGCUCCAGAAGGCCGUGGGCGCUGAUAUCACCAAGAAGGAUCUCCUGCCAGCUUUCCAAAACCUGCUGAAGGACAACGAGGCUGAAGUCAGGACCGCUGCUGCCCUGAAGAUCAAAGAGUUCUGCGAGAUCAUGCCGAAAGAUGGGCGACAACAGUUGAUCCUGGGGCAGAUCCUCCCCUGUAUCAAGGAGCUGGUCACUGACGGCAACGAGCACGUGAAGUCGGCGCUGGCGUCCGUGAUCAUGGGCCUCUCGCCCAUCCUGGGCAAGGAUGCCACAGUGGAACACCUCCUCCCACUCUUCCUGGCACAGCUGAAAGAUGAG